AUGGUAUGUAGGGGAGUCAACGUUGUAUGUAGGGGAGUCAACAUGGUAUGUGGGGGAGUCAACAUGGUAUGUAUGGGUGUCAACAUGGUAUGUAGGGGAGUCAACAUGGUAUGUAUGGAUGUCAACAUGGUAUGUAGGGAAGUCAACAUAGUAUGUAGGGGAGUCAACAUUGUAUGUACGGGUGUCAACAUUGUAUGUAGGGUUGUCAACAUUGUAUGUAGGGGUGUCAACAUGGUAUGUAGGGGAGUCAACAUGGUAUGUAUUGGAGUCAACAUGGUAUGUAAGGGUGUCAACAUGGUAUGGAGGGGAGUCAACAUUGCAUGUAGGGGAGUCAACAUGGUAUGGUGGGGAGUCAACAUGGUAUGGAGGGGAGUCAACAUGGUAUGGAGGGGAGUCAACAUUGUAUGUAGGGGUGUCAACAUGGUAUGUAGGGGAGUCAACAUUGUAUGUAGGGCUGUCAACAUUGUAUGUAGGGGAGUCAACAUGGUAUGUAUGGGUGUCAACAUGGUAU